AUGAUCUUCGUUGCCUGCCAACUGCAGGAGAAGUGUCAGAAGAUUCAACUCCACCUUCACUCUACCUUUAUGGAUCUGCUGAAAACCUUCGACACGGAGAAUCACGAAGGACUGCGGAGAACCACGCAGAAAUUCGGCUGUCCCGAACGAUUCAUUGAGAUGGUGCGCCAGCCCCACGAUGGCAUGAAGGCGCGCGUCACGGACAAUAAGGCUGUCUCAGAGACAUUCGCAAUGACCGCGUCCUCGCGCCUACCCUUUAUCAGUCUCAUGUUCGCUGCCAUGCUGAUGGACGCCUACCGUGACGAACGCCCCGGGAUCCGCGUCGCCUACGGAACGGACGGCCGACGCCUUAAUCAUUAG